GAGAUUACACAGUACGCGCACGAUAAGAGCCAUCAUCUUGUCCUUAUUUAUAACUCACGAAUCACAUAUUUUAAAAGUAAUCUGAGUGUUUAUUUUGUGCAGCAGAUUCCGUCGGCGGUGAAAGAACUAUUUUGUGAAUGACCUACAUACGGUAAAUGCUGUCUAUACCUUGCCCCUAUUGACGCACUCCUGUGAAAUCCGGUCUGUCUACUUCAGAGGUGUUUUCUCACGUAGGCCAAUAUAUGAGGAAUUCAUUAUAAAUUAGCAGAACGUAUCAAGAAGUUUAACGAUGUUCACCUUAAUCGAAGGUCUAAAGUAUGGUGCAGCAGCCGCAAUGGGGUUGUUUUCGGGUGGCGCAUUAUACAUUAAUGCGGUGGAGCAUCACAGUCGGCGAACACUUCCAGUGGAGGCUCAGAGGCAGCAAUGGGCCAACAGCUUCAAUACCGCUAAGAUAUUCCUGCCGUCAAUCGGGACGAUAGGUGCAGGCUGCUCGACUGCCCUGUUCUUCCUGGACGAGUCGGAGUAUAAGUACUACUGGCUGGUGGGGCCGGUCCAGUUCGUACUCGGAGGUAUCUUUACAGUGGUAAUGAUGCUACCAGAGAUCAACAUCCUCUUGGACAAGGGAGUAGUCGGAAAGAAAGGUGAGAUGUGGGUCCGUGGUGCCAUAGACAGAUGGAACUAUCGUCAUAUGUUUAGGACCUUCAUAGAUGGCGCCACCUAUUUCCUCUUCCUGUACCUUGCAAUGAAAUCAUAAACAUAUGGGAUGAAGGAAUAUCAUUUUUCCUAUACCUUUACAUAAUGUUACAAUGGUUGACUCCAUGUAAUUAUUAUACAUCUGUAUCAACAUUUCAUUUAUAGCACAUGGAUUUUAUCUACACUUGUUCUUCGUAAUAAAGCAAUUUAAAACAUGAGAA